AUGUUCGGGACGAAGAUACGGAGCUGGAUGGAGGCGCACCUACCGCGCUCCCGAGGCAAGAGGAGCGCCACUGGCAAGGAGCAGCCCGCACGCGUCAAGCCCCCGGACUUUGGACUGCCGCAGCGGCACUUCGAUCCGGCCUCCUUUUUUGCCGGCGCCAGGGCCGAGCUUAACGAGAUACUGCCGUCGUUGGCCAUCUCGAGCUUCAAGCCGGACGUCAGUCGGCGGGAGUGCCGCGAGCAGCCUACCCUCGGCGGUCGGCAACUGCCGCGAGCACCACCACCAGCAGCACCGGUGGCGCAACAGCCGAGGCACGAGAACGGCAAGGUCGUGGUCGCGGGCAGCGCGGUGAACCUGUCCUCGCCCGAGAGCGCCUACAGCACGGGCUACUCGACAGACGGCACCUCGCCUUGCGCAACCUACGCCCCCGAGUGCUACAUCAGAGCGCGCGACCACCAGCAGCAGGCGCUGAGAGCCGGGGGACAGGGGUACUCGCGUCGGGACCAGGGUUGGGAUGAUCAGCUGCAGGGACACGAUGCCGGGCCGGGCACCACCACUCGGACGAGCAGAUGCGGCCGGCAGAGGAGGGAUCUCAAGGAGGUCCACCAGCAGCAGCUUAUACAUCAGCCAAAGGUCGGGGACAGGAACCAGCAAAUAAACGGCACGGGCACGUACACGGUGAGCACCGGUAACAACAACCGGCGUGGCGGAAGUUACGUGGUCGGCACCGGCACCGAGGAGUCGGAGCACCAGUGGCGCAAGCCGGCACCGCCGACGAGCAGCCGGCCGUUGGCCAAUUCUCCCAAGAUCCACUCGCCCGUCCACCACCAACAGCAACAACUCAUGCGCAAGCCCUACUCCUCCCCCAUGCUCGGGGAUUCCACCCCGUCGUCCCCCUCCUCGCCCGUCCCCUCCGGCUACCCCCUGCAACUCUUCUCGCCGCGGAGGAUGCCUCUCGUCGCUACAACUACUACUCAGGUGACACCGGUUAGGUCGCCGAGGCAGCGCUCGCGACUGAGGACGAGUCCGUGGCCUUCCCCGAAUAAUUUCGGCCGUAGCGUCGUCAUACCUACUGCUGGGAACAACCAACAGCAGCCCAGAAGCGCCUGGACCGCUCGACAGAGCUCGGCCUACGACUACUGCUGCCGGCAGGAGAGCCUCAGCGUCGGACGCAGCCCGGUGAACCGCAGCGAUUGGCCGCCUCGCUACCACAACCAGCACCAACAGACUAACAGGAGCCGGACCAGCAGGAGCAGCAGCGCGAGUAGUUGCAGCAGUAGGAGCUGCAGCGUCAGCAGCAGCAGCAGCAACAACAACAGCCCGAGCAACGCGAGCAGCUGCAGCAGCGACAUUACCCUCAACGAGGUGAUGGGCAGAUUCGAGGAGAACUACGUGUACAAGGAAACGGACAUUGUGUCGGACCACAGUGGGCCGGAGUACAACAACAACAACAACAACAACAGCUCGUCGGUGAAUUUCUCGUCCGACGCGAGCGCGAGUAGUCUGGAUCUGCUUCAGCAACACUUUGACAACCACAGCAGUGGCAGGUCGUCGACGGGACACUCGCGCCGGCAGCUGCGAGGGAUGGGCUGCCCGAGGAGACAGAGGAGGCGUAGGCACAGGCGCAUCAGUCUCGACUCGAGGGACGAGGAGGACGAGGACAACGAGCAGCGGGAGGAGGUCGAGGUGCUCCAGGAGAUGCUCAAUCGCAGGCUAAAGAAGAACAAGAGCGAAGUGUCGGCGCAGACGAACCGCGCGCUGCUCGAGCGCCUGCUGAUGAAGAACAGCGGCUUCGAGGGCCGACGGGCUUGGUCGGCCAAUCCACCGCUGAGCAGAGCUGCAGCGAGCCGGAGCCUCGGAGGGACGCCGAUUUGUCUCCGAAGGAGGACGAGUCCCCGGCACGUGCUGUCGCCCCCGUCGAGGCUCGGGUUCGACAGACGACGGCAAGUCCAUCCGGUGGAAAGCACGGGCUCGUUGAAAAAUGUAUCGGCCUCCGAGCUAGCUCUCAUAGAGGCGGACAAGGAAGCCGAUCUCAAGUACGCGCAGCUGAUCAUGGAAGCCGAGCGGAUGCUCCUCAGCGCCAAGGAGGAGCUCGAACGGGACGAGCCGAGCAACCCGUGGAGCUCGUCUGGCUCCGUCGCCGUCGACAAGUGCUCGCCCAUCAGCAGGUUCCCGCGCAGAGCUUACCAGCAGCCAACCUGCACGGGCAUCGCGCCGAACAAACGAGUCGAGCUCAUCAAGAACGCCGAGCUUCACAUCGAGCUCGCCUUGUCCAAGAGCCGCAACUCCCAGCCCGAGCUCUCCAGCGGCAGUAUCAAGGACCUCCUCGACCACUCGAGCCCCAAGAGACUGCAGCAGCAGCAGCAAAAAAAGAUCAACGAGCCGGUCGUCGUUGUGCCAGCGGCCUACAGCUGCCCCGUGGACGAAGCAAUGGACUUCAAAUCGCUGGACGUGAGCCUGCCGAUGGUGCCGAGACACGCGGAUGUACCGACGAGCACCGGGGCGUGCCUGGCCGAGCUGUCGUCCGAUCCUUACUCGUGUCCGCAGAGCGAGCCGGUCAAGCGCAAGGUCUACGAGGCCAAUCCCGCCGAGCCGGGCGCACUGGCGCACAGACAGGCCGCCGCUUCCUGGCUGCGGAACUCCGAUACCGAUUGCACGGCUGACCAGCAGCAACAAUUGCAAUUGCAGUCGGCCUCGGCGGCUUCGUCCUACGCGCAGCUGAAGAAGCACGUGCUCAUCGAGACUCUGCAGGGCUUGAAGCAGAGCUUGGAGGACCAAUCCGCCGCGCUCAAGUUCAGCUGCCUGCGGCCACUCUGAAACUUAUAAGCGAACGCCACCGCGACGUUGUUUCUUUCUUUAGUUUAUUAUUUUUUACGUGCGCGCGCGCACACACACACACUCGCGCGACAAAGAACCAAACUCGAGAGAUUUAACGCCGGAUUACAAUAUUGUAUUUUCUUCCUCCUCAACUUCCUACACGUGGACUGCCUUGGAGCUAUUUUGUGUAUCGAUGAAUUAUCAUUAUUAUUAUUAUUAUUAUUAUUAUUAUUAUCAUUAUUAUUAUUACAAUUGCAACAGUACAUGUACAUAAUAUAUAUGUGCAAGUGGAUUUUUGCAAAUGCGUGUGUGUGAACGAACGGUCGGUGAUGGUCUGCACGGGAGUCGACGCGUGAUGUAUUGAACAUCAGUACCAAUAGUAUACGUAUAGUGUAGUAUGAAUAAUAGUGUUAUACCGAUAAACAGUUGGGAUUGCGUAUCAAGUAUAUAAUGUAGCCCGAGAAUAAAUUGGGGAUGGCGAGCAAGUCUGAUUCAGUGAAUAAUUAUCACGUACGGGUAUACGACUAGUUUAGUAGAAAGUAAAAUGUAGUGGCUCAAGAGAAAAAAACAUUUAGAGGUCGAUCGAUGAAACUAAUAAAUUGGAAAAAACGCACGGUCAUGUAGUUAAUGGGACUUAAAUUAUGACGCUAGGGUAUAUGUAGAUGAACGAUUAGGCAGAUAAAUAUUAUACAUAUGAUUGCUGAAACUCAUUCCUCUCGAGACUAUGCGAUCGUACUCGAUUGCACUGAUUUUGAAUAUUAAUGUUGGUGCUACCAGAUUAUUAUCAUUGCAAGAACAUGUCUGACUGUUUACAUUAGCUCGAUUGGAUAGUUCGACCUUGUUUGCAUUUCAGCGCAAUUUUUACACUUUUCCUAUAGAAAUACGUGACUUCCAUUAUUAAUUAAAUUAUAUGCCAUACAAAGGUAUUGAUU